CCCACAUUUGAUCUCUUAUCAUCCCCACAGCAAAUGGCAGAAAAAUGGAAAAAGAACUCUGCGUGGUGAUUUCUUCUCCUCCGUUUCCUGAUAUAGAGGCAGAGACCUUUCUCCCCCGUUUUAAAAUCACUCAAUCUUCACGUGAUUCGCCAUGAGAAACCGUUCCGCACCCGAGGUUCUAAACCUCAACACGUAACACGCGCCGAGGAGGCCCUCUCCGAACCUCAGAUAAAAAACGAAAGCUGCAGUGUUGCUCCUCGGGAUGCGAGCAGAGGAACAGGAGAAGCCUUCCUUCUUCUGUGAGUAGCGAGGAAGACGAAGCCAUACUUCUUAAAGCAAGCAGAGCACUCCAGAUUCUGUCUCCCUCAUAAAAACGCCACCAAACCAUUCAUUCUUUUACUCUCUCUCCCUCUUACUUUCUCCCUCCCUCUUCCUCUGACCCUUCUUUGAUAUAAAGAUGCUGUCAGGCCGCCCUUCGUGAGUAGGAGUGAUUCCGCUUGUAGUUCGAGGAAUGGAGGUUAGGAAGAGGUUGCAAAUUCCGACCUUUGGGAACUGGGAUUACAGCGACGAGAUGCCCAUCACGCACUACUUCGAGUCAGCGAGAAAAGCUGGGCUGGUUCGAGCUGGUUUAUCAGAGGCAAGUUAUGAGGAAGAUCUCUGCAACGUUCCGGUUGCGAUGCCGGUGAAGUUGGCUUAUCAGGAUGGCGUUUAUCGCCGGAAGGUGAGGAAGAGGAAUGGCAAUGGAGGAGAGGAGAAGGGGUACUUGAAGGAAGAGAAGCAGAGGAAACAAGGGACGGUCUCCGGCGAUGUUGCUCGGCCGCCGAGAAAAUCAGUAGCCGCUCCUAAAGCAGUAGAUGAAGACUUGUAUGAGAUUCCACCAGAGCUACUUUAUCAGAAGCCGAAGAGGAAAAGGUUUCUGAGGAUUUUUUUCACAGGAUGUAUGGGGCUAAACUGUAUCGGCAGAGCUUGAUUAAUCUGCUCAUAGAUCUGCUUCUUUCCUAUUUCUUAAACCUGAUGUCUCUUUGAUGAAUGAAUUGUAUGAGUUUUUGUAUGUAAUGCAAGGUUGUUUUGAUUAUUGUAAAAUGAUGGAGAAAUUUCCUCGCCUGUAAUCUGCUUGCUUCUUUGAUUUGAGUUGCCGUUGGUUUCCAUCAAAAAGGUGUUUAAAAGGAUUUAGGUAAAAUAAAAAGAUGAAGAUGAAGGGCGAGUGGAUGUGCUCUGAUUUAGUGAAACAUCAAACAUCAACGAGGGCAUCAUUAAAUAGCAUUUGGAAGUUUCCUUGGUAUUCUGUCGUCACUUCAGUGACAA